AUGUCUACUUCCUCUACGGUUGAGUACCUCCGCUCUCUCGGCGCUGUGCGCGAGCGUAGCAACCAAGUCUUCAACCUCAUUGUCGAGGGCAAGGCCGACCACUGGGACUGGCACGAGGACAAGCUGGCCACCGUCGUGGACUUUUGUGCGGACCUGUUGAGCCGAGACUUUGGUACCGACUUUGACAAGAUUCCCCCCCAUUGUCGCCGCAAUCACUUCACAACCUCUUCCAACGGUACGAUCGACCGCGUCGCGGCGCUCAAGUCUGACCCGCGCUUUCCCACCUCGCCAGUCGAGCAGGCCCGCACUCUUAUCGACCUGUACAUCAUGUCUGUCCUCCUCGAUGCCGGGGCUGGUAACACCUGGACGUACCGUGAGGUACUUGAUGGCGUCGAGGUGUGGCGAGGCGGACGCAGCGAAGGCCUUGCCGUGGCGAGCUUCCACAUGUUCUGCGGAGGGGCGUUCUCGUCUGACCCAAACGAGCCACUGCGUGUUGACUCCACUGCACUCAAGGGCCUCACGGCUGCCAAGCUUGCCAAGCAUAUGCAAGUGACGGACACAAAUCCGAUGUCGGGUCUCGACGGCCGUGCCAACCUCCUCAUCCAGCUCGGCGCCGCCCUUGACGCGCGUCGUGACAUCGUGCGUGACGGCCGCCCAGGCGACAUUCUCUAUUUCCUCCAGCCGCAGCUCAAGAGCGGCAACGUCCUCCCCCUCACGCUCUUCUGGGACACACUGUUCGCCCUCCUUGCGCCUAUCUGGCCUGCGCGCACCACCCUCUCUUCGGCUCCGGGCGAGGUGCUGGGCGACGUGUGGCCGUGCCCCUCUCUCGCCCGCAGUUGCGCUACCCGCAAGGAAGGUGAUGACCUUGUCCCCUUCCACAAGCUCACGCAGUGGCUCUGCUACUCGCUGCUCGAGCCCAUCGAGAGCUCCGCCGGCUGGCACGUCGACCGUGGCGUAGGACAGACGGGCCUACCCGAGUACCGCAAUGGUGGCCUUCUCGUCGACCACGGCCUGCUGACUGUGCGCGAUCUGCCCGACUCAGCGUACCCUAACGGCCGCGACGCACCGCCUGUGCUCUCACCCUCGGACCCUGCAGUCGUCGAAUGGCGCGCUGCCACGGUCGCUGCUCUCGACAAGAUUCACAAAGGUAUCUGCGCCAAGCUCAGCGUCACAACACAGCAGCUCCAGCUCGCACAGGUCCUCGAGGCGAGCACUUGGAAGGGUGGACGUGAGAUUGCCAAGGCGAAACGCCCCGCGACUGGUGGCCCCCCCAUCGAGAUCAUCAGCGACGGCACGGUGUUCUAA